CCUCUGAUUGGUGGACGGGAACCCCCCCUCUCUUGUCCUGAGCGCGCGAAUGCACCUACGUCUCCCUCACAGUGUCUGCUGCUCGGCUAGCUGUUAGCUUAGCGUCUUUCGCUCUGUGUUUUAAGCAGAGCACGCAAGAGGGCCGGAGACAACACUCUCUCUUUGUCUCCACAUCUCAGCUAACCUCGAGUCUCUGUGAUCUACAGCUGCAAUGGCGGACAAGGAAGCAGGUGCAUUUGAUGAUGCUGUUGAGGAGAGGGUGAUAAAUGAGGAGUACAAGAUCUGGAAGAAAAACACCCCCUUCCUGUAUGACCUGGUUAUGACCCAUGCUUUAGAGUGGCCCAGCCUGACUGCUCAGUGGCUGCCUGAUGUCUCCAGGCCAGAGGGGAAGGAUUACAGUGUGCACCGGCUGGUGUUGGGCACUCACACAUCUGACGAGCAGAAUCACCUAGUUAUUGCCAGCGUCCAGCUGCCCAAUGACGACGCCCAGUUUGAUGCCUCACAUUAUGACAGCGAAAAAGGAGAGUUUGGAGGCUUUGGCUCUGUAAGCGGCAAGAUCGAGAUAGAAAUCAAGAUCAGCCACGAAGGAGAGGUGAACCGUGCCCGCUAUAUGCCCCAAAACCCCUGCAUCAUCGCUACCAAGACCCCCACCUCAGAUGUCCUGGUGUUUGACUACACCAAGCACCCCUCCAAGCCAGAUGCUUCAGGAGAGUGUCGCCCUGAUCUGCGUCUCAGAGGCCAUCAGAAAGAAGGCUAUGGUCUCUCCUGGAAUCCAAAUCUGUCUGGCUCUCUGCUUAGUGCAUCAGAUGACCACACUGUCUGCCUGUGGGACAUAAGUGCGGUGCCAAAAGAGGGGAAGAUUGUUGAUGCAAAGACUAUUUUCACUGGUCACACUGCCGUAGUGGAAGAUGUCUCCUGGCACUUGCUUCACGAGUCACUCUUUGGAUCUGUUGCAGAUGACCAGAAGCUCAUGAUUUGGGACACUCGUUCAAACAACACCUCCAAGCCCAGCCAUGCAGUCGAUGCCCACACGGCAGAGGUCAACUGUUUGUCAUUUAACCCUUACAGCGAGUUCAUCCUUGCCUCUGGGUCUGCAGACAAGACUGUGGCUCUUUGGGACUUGAGGAACUUGAAACUGAAGCUGCAUUCCUUCGAAUCACACAAGGAUGAGAUCUUCCAGGUUCAGUGGUCACCUCAUAACGAGACCAUACUGGCUUCCAGUGGAACAGACCGUCGCCUCAAUGUCUGGGACCUCAGUAAAAUCGGAGAGGAGCAGUCACCAGAAGAUGCAGAGGAUGGCCCACCUGAGCUGCUGUUUAUUCAUGGAGGACACACAGCCAAGAUCUCUGACUUCUCUUGGAACCCCAACGAGCCCUGGGUCAUCUGCUCUGUGUCUGAAGACAACAUUAUGCAAGUUUGGCAAAUGGCUGAGAACAUCUAUAACGAUGAAGAUCCAGAGGGUUCGACAGACCCUGAAGCCACAGCAUAGCACCAACAGCCUCAUCACAAACUGCCAAACUGCCACAUCAGUAGUUCCAGGCAGCUACUUUUCCCCCAUCCUUCUCUACUGGUGGGACAGGCCGUAAAUCACUGUAAAUACAACAAAGAAAAUGAUCAUGUGUAGCCCUGGUCCCUUUUGGAAUACUCAAAGUAAAGAACUCAUUUAAUUUAAAUAUAUUGCUUGAAAAAUCUCACCCAUUGUAUUCGUAGUGCAUAUAAAAUACGUAUUUUUGUAACUAAAUUGGCUUUCCCACCCACACCGAAAUGUUUUGGUCAAUUUCUCUGUAAUGAAUAAAAUUAGUUUCUAGAACAUAAGAUUUUGAUCAUACUGACAGCCCCAAAAUAGAGAUGACAUACAAUAACCUGCUGUUAAAAAGUGUGAAAGGUUGCCACAGCAAAACCUGUUACCUGAAGUUGCAGGGGAAAAAAGUUUAGUAAAUUGCAAUUUGAGUCCAUCGCACUAUGCAGAGUGACAGUUACUUUGACAUAUGUUAUUUGCAGGCUAGCUUGUUGUUAUAAAAAUGCCAUUUUCAUUGCUUCAGUCUGGUCAUCACCUGAUUGUUCUGGAUACAGAUUUUUACACCAGCUACAUCUGAAUGAUAUUACAAUUUGGAGUGAAUUGCGUUUUAAAUGUCCAUUUGUUGUCCCACCUCCCCUCACCUUAUUCAUACAUAAAUCAUUUAAAUGUUUUCGUGAAAUAGAGUAGUGUUUGAACUUUUUAUAUGUUCAAUAUUUGUACAGUGAGUGCAUUCUUAAUAAAACGUGUUUCAUUA